UGUCUGUUUUCACGUGGACAAGGUAAGGAAGUGCUUAAAUCUGGAGUUUAUAUCUGUUUACACUUAUUCAUAUUGGAAAAAGACAUUGGUGUUGUGACGCCAAUGUUUAAGAGAUUACGUUGUUGUGAAUGCUAAAAGGUGAAGUUUUCAAUCCAUAUGUAGUGAGCAUUUAUUUAAGGUAGAUCAUUCAUCCUAAUAGGAUGAAGAUGUGUUUUUAUUUGGGAGGGGAGAGGAAGGAAGAUGCGGGAAUAGGAAUUAGAAAUUUUAGGGGAGGGAAAAGGAAAAGAUCUGGUCGAAUGGUAGAGGAAAUGAGUGGAAAAUUAAUCUUGGGGGAGAAAUUCUGGAAUUUGAUAAGAGGAAAAAAUUGUAGGACGGGGGAUGGGAAGAGGAAUAUUCUUUUGAUUAGUCAUUAG